AGAAGACCUCCAAACCAGCCUGCUGCUCCACACUCAAGAUGUUCAUCGUAGCUCUAUCCUUCGCCUACUUCUCUAAGGCUUUGGCAGGGACUUACAUGAAGAGCUCCAUCACUCAGAUCGAGAGGCGCUUCGAUCUCUCCAGCUCCCUCAUCGGACUCAUCGACGGCAGCUUUGAGAUGGCCUGUGUGAAAGACUCCAGCUCUCACAUGUGGAUCUAUGUGUUCCUGGGGAAUGCCCUGAGAGGCAUUGGAGAGACCCCCGUCACACCCCUCGGCAUCUCCUACGUUGACGACUUCGCCAAAGCCGAGAACUCUCCUUUUUACAUCGCUUGUCUGCAGACUAUCACUCUGUUGGGACCCAUGUUUGGAUUUCUACUUGGCUCCUACUGUGCUAGGCUCUAUGUCGAUAUUGGACAUGUUGAUAUUGAGAGUGUGACCAUCACCCCUAAAGACGCCCGGUGGGUGGGGGCCUGGUGGCUGGGUUUCUUUGUCUCCUCCAUCAUCUUACUACUAGCCAGCAUCCCCUUCUGGUUCCUACCCCGCUCGCUGCCCAAGCAGGGCGAGGAGAACAAGCUUCCAUCAGAUACUCCAGAAGGGGUGGAGAAUGGCACCAACCACAACAAUAUGAAGAUGGCCGACAUUGCCAAAGGCUUCCUGCCCUCCCUGAAGAGGCUGCUGGGAACUCCAGCCUACUUCCUGUUGUUGUGCGGCAGCAUCCUGAAGUUCAACUCCUUCAUCGGCCUGCUCACCUUCAAGGCCAAGUACAUGGAGCAGCAGUUCGGACAGUCGGCAUCCAGAGCCAACUUCCUCAUAGGUGUGCUCAACCUGCCAGUGGUUGCCAUAGGGAUCUUCCUGGGUGGUCUGCUGAUGAAGAGGUAUAAACUGAGUGUUGUCUCUGGCGCACAGCUAUCCUUCGUCACUUCCUUCCUUGCCUACCUCCUCCUCCUCCUCCAGUUUGGCACCAAGUGUGACAACGUGCCCAUGGCCGGCCUGACCGUGUCCUACAAUGGGACCCCAGGGCUGUCCUACAAUGACAGCGAGCUGUUCUCUGAGUGUAACCAGGACUGCUCCUGCUCGGUCAGGGAGUGGGACCCUGUCUGUGCCCAGAACGGCCUCACGUACAUGUCCCCAUGUCUGGCUGGCUGCGUUGCAUCGUCCGGCUACGGCAAGAACACGGUGUUCCACAACUGCAGCUGUGUGUCCUCCUGGCCUCCAGGGGGCAGUGCUUCUGUGUCUCUCGGCCAGUGUCCUCGCGGCAGAGACUGCAGCCGCAGCUUCACCUCCUACAUGGCCGUGUCAGUCCUCAGCUCCUUCAUCAACUCUCUGGGAGCCACUCCAGGAUACAUGGUCAUCAUCCGAUGCAUCAAGCCGGAGCUGAAAUCCCUGGCCCUGGGCAUCCAGACGCUGGUGGUCAGAACACUAGGUGGCAUCCCAGCACCUGUAUACUUUGGGGCGCUGAUCGACUCGACGUGUCUGAAGUGGGGCGUGAAGAAGUGUGGGGGCAGGGGAGCCUGCCGGAUGUACGACUCUGACAUGUACAGGUAA